GGGUGAGGGGGGCCCGGCCGCAGUCCAGCCCCGGAGCCGGCGGGAGAGGAGCGGCGGCAGGCGCGGGCUGGGCCCGCCGCGUCCUGCGUCCUCGCCAUGCCGCCCGCCGGGCCCCGCGGGGCCGCGCCGCUCGCCGCCCUGGCGCUGCUGGCGCUGGGGGCCCCCCUGGCGCUGGCCGGCGAGGACUGCCUGUGGUACCUGGACCGGAACGGCUCCUGGCACCCCGGCUUCGACUGCGAGUUCUUCAGCUUCUGUUGCGGCACCUGCUACCAGCGCUUCUGCUGCCGGGACCUGACCCUGCUCAUCACCGAGAGGCAGCAGAAGCACUGCCUGGCCUUCAGUCCCAAGACCAUCGCGGGCAUCGCCUCAGCCGUGAUCCUGUUCGUGGCGGUGGUGGCCACGACCAUCUGCUGCUUCCUUUGCUCCUGCUGCUACCUGUACCGCCGGCGUCAGCAGCUGCAGAGCCCGUUCGAAGGCCAGGAGAUCCCGAUGACCGGCAUCCCGGUACAGCCGGUGUACCCCUACCCCCAGGACCCCAAAGCUGGCCCUGCGCCCCCACAGCCUGGCUUCAUGUACCCGCCUAGCGGUCCUGCUCCCCAGUAUCCACUCUACCCAACUGGGCCUCCUGUCUACAAUCCAGCAGCGCCUCCCCCUUAUAUGCCACCACAACCCUCCUAUCCCGGAGCCUGAGGACUGGCUGAGCCUGCGGCCCCUCCGUGACAUCCACCCUGGACUGCCUCGGGCCCCCCUGUCAGCAGCCCCAGAGCAUGCCAGUGCUGGACCAUGCUGGGGACCCGGCCCCAGGAGCUAGAUGAGGAUCAGAGCUGGACCUCGGCGUGAGAGGCAGUCUGGGGAGGGUGGAGGAUUCUGGACUGUUUCUGUGCCAAGGGAGGGCCAUGGAACCCUGGGCCACAGCUCCUGCUCCCUCAAUGUCCCUUUCCCAGCACCAAGUCAGGAAGAUACGGUCCUCCUGUCUGCCCCACACCACCGUGAUGCAGAGGCAAGGAGGGGACUUGGCCACAGUCGGCGCAAGCCCAGUUCCUGGCUGUCCCUGGCCAGGGCUCUGACCCGCGGAUUAAAGCUGUAAAGAUCUCA